AUGCGCCCUGUUUUCAGCUUGCUUGCUCUCUGCGCCGUCAAGGUCGCCGCUGUUGACCCAUUGGUCAAGCUCUCCUACGCUUCAUAUCGCGGCACGCAAUUGGGCUGCGGCGUCACGCAAUGGAUGGGUCUUCCUUACGCCGCUCCGCCAGUGGACGAACUGCGUUUUGCCGCCCCCAGGGAUCUGGAUAUUGAAAACAAGGAGUAUCGUGCCAGUUCGCACGGACCCACCUGUAUAGGUGUUGACUCCCGGCCAGGCGACUCCAGUGUGUCUGAGGAUUGCUUGACACUGGACAUUUAUGCCCCAUCCGCGGCAUCUGCGGGCGAUGCGCUGCCUGUUUUCUUUUACGUCCAAGGAGGUGGUUUCAGCACAUCAGCCAAGCCACCCAACGGCACAUCGCUUGUGGAGACCAGUGGAGGCAACAUGAUCGUCGUCACCUUCACUUACCGAGUUGGCCCCUACGGCUUCCUGGGCGGCGUGGUGUCGAAGCCAAACAUGUCGAAAAAAUCGGCUCCUGACUUCAGCGCCAACAACGGCCUAAAGGACCAACUCAAAGCUUUGCAGUGGGUGACGGAUAACAUUGCAUCGUUUGGUGGCGAUCCAGACCAUAUCGUCCUUGGUGGCGCCAGUGCAGGUGCCGGAUCAGUCGUUCUCCACAUGGCCAAUCCCGCGAACAAUGCAUCCUUUGUCGGCGCAACACUAGAGUCUGCCUCCUGGCCCGCCAUGCAGACAGCCGAGCAAGCCCAGUGGCAAUACGACAACAUCCUCAACGCGACAGGAUGCGCUGGCGAAUGGGACUCGCUCGCAUGCCUGCGGGAACUCGAUACCGCAGCAUUCCAGACGAAUACCCGCAGCAAGACCCAUGCACUGCCUGGCGGCACAGCCGCUCCAGUGUACAUGUACUCUCCGGUUUUGGACGGCGACGUGGUGCGCGACUACAGGUACAGCAGCUUCUAUACUAAUCGCGAACACGACGUCCCCGUGCUCGUGGGCGACACAACCAACGAAGGCAUUGUAUUCACACCUUCCAGCGCUGGCAAAUCGCUACAGGCCGCCGAUGACUUCGUCGCCAGCCAGUUUCCCGAAAUCACACCAGCGAACCUGACUUUCUUCCACUCCCACCCGCAGUACAAGCCUCUCAUCAAGGCUGGCAACUUCCGUGGCUUCGCAGCUCAACUCUAUGGCGACAUCCGCUACGUAUGCCCAAACCUUUUCCUGUCCUGGGUCCUACCAUCGCGCUCCCAGAACAACAACGUAUGGACCUAUCAAUGGGACGUUGGUUCAGCGACCCACGUAGCUGAGAGCUGGAGCGUUUGGAACGGCUACACCGGCAAGAACUCGACCCUGAAGCCCCUUCAAACUGCCAUCCAAGCCUACUGGAUUUCUUUCAUCACUGAUCUUGAUCCCACGGCUGCCGCCGCGAAGUACGCAGCCACCGAUGCUAUCACUCCUCCUGCCUGGGAACGCAGCGCGAACGCUCAGCGGCAAUGGGUUGCGAGACGCAUGCUAUUUUCAGACAAGAAAGCGAAGCCAUUGGCGCCAAAGAUGGAAUCAGUGGACCAGGACCAGUGGGACGCGUGUGCCGAGCUGAUGGACAUGGGAGUGCAACUGAGGCAGUGA